GUAGAGGUGUGUCCACAGCAGAUGACGGAAGAUGUUGGCUAUGGACCAAGGAGUGGUGGAGGAAUGGCUGUCAGAGUUUAAGGUGAGGCGUGCGUGUGAGUUAGAGAGCCAGUGUCAAUGUGUCUCCAUCAUCAGUAUUCACUGCAGCUGUGUCUCUCUGUCUCUCUCUCUCGCUCUCUGUUGCUAUCUGCCGUGCUCGCUCGCUCUCUCUCUGUCUCUCUCUCUCGCUCUUUCGCGCUCUCAAUUCAAAGGGGCUUUAUUGGCAUGGGAAACAUGUUUACAUUGUUUAUUUCACUUACUUUGGCAAUUUAAAAAAAAGUGAGAAGAAACAAAUUUAACAUCAACAUAAAGCUAUUAGAAAUUAACUGUAAACAUUGCACAUCAAAAAGGUUUUUAAAAAAUGGAAAGUAUUCAGACCCCUUUACUUUUUCCACAGUUUGUUACAUUACAGCCUUAUUCUAAAAUGGAUUACAUUGUUUUUUCCCCCCUCAUCAAUCUACACACAAUACCCCAGAAUGACAAAGCAAAAACCGUUUUUUAUAAAUUUUUGCAAAUGUAUUAAAAAUAAAAAACAUAUCACAUUUCCAUAAGUAUUCAGACCCUUUACUCAGUACUUUGUUGAAGCACCUUUGGCAGCGAUUACAGCCUCGAAUCUUCUUGGGUAUGACGCUACAAGCUUGGCACACCUGUAUUGGGGAGUUUCUCCCAUUCUCCUCUGCAGAUCCUUUCUAUCUCUGUCAGGUUGGAUGGGGAGCGUCGCUGCACAGCUAUUUUCAGGUCUCUCCAGAGAUGUUAGAUCGGGUUCCAGUCCGGGCUCUGGCUGGGUCACUCAAGGACAUUCAGAGACUUGUCCCAAAGCCACUCCUGCGUUGUCUUGGCUUUGUGCUUAGGGUCAUUGUCCUGUUGGAAGGUGAACCUUGGCCCCAGUCUGAGGUCCUGAGCGCUCUGGAGCAUCAAGGAUCUCUCUGUACUUUGCUCCGUUCAUCUUUCCCUCAAACCUGACUAGUCUCCAAGUCCCUGCCGCUGAAAGACAUCUCCACAGCAUGAUGCUGCCACCAUCAUGCUUCACCGUAGGGUUGGUGCCAGGUUUCCUCCAGAUGUGAUACUUGGCAUUCAUGCCAAAAAGUUCAAUCUUGGUUUCAUUAGACCAGAGAAUCUUGUUUCUCAUGGUCUGAGAGUCCUUUAGGGGCCUUUUGGCAAACUCCAAGCGGGCUGUCAUGUGCCUUUUUUACUGAGGAGUGGCUUCUGUCUGGCAACUACCAUAAAGGCCUGACUGGUGGAGUGCUGCAGAGAUGAUUGUCCUUCUGGAAGGUUCUUCCAUCUCCACAGAGGAACUCUGGAGCUCUGUCAGUGACCAUUGGGUUCUUGGUCACCUCCCUGACCAAGGCCCUUCUCCCCCGAUUGCUCAGUUUGGCUGGGCGUCCAGCUCUAGGAAGAGUCUUGGUGGUUGCAAACUUCUUCCGUUUAAGAAUGAUGGAGGCCACUAUGUUCUUGUGGACCUUCAGUGCUGCAGACAUGUAUUUGUACCCUUCCCCAGAUCUGUGCCUCGACACAAUCCUGUCUUGGAGCUCUACAGACAAUUCCUUCGACCUCAUGGCUUGGUUUUUGCUCUGACAUGCACUGUCAACUGUGGGACCUUAUAUAGACAGGUGUGUGCCUUUCCAAAUCAUGUCCAAUCAAUUGAAUUUACCACAGGUGGACUCCAAUCAACUUGUAGAAACAUCUCAAGGAUGAUUCAUGGAAACCUGAAGCACCUAGGCUCAAUUUCGAGUCUCGUUGCAAAGGGUCUGAAUACUUAUGUAAAUAAGGUAUUUCUGUUUUUGGCAUUAUGGAGUAUUGUGUGUAGAUUGAUGAAAAAUAAAUAAUUGAAUACAUUUUAGAAUAAGGCUGUAACAUAAUAAAAUGUGGAUAAAGUCAAGGGGUCUGAAUACUUUCCGAAUGCACUACCAGUCAAAAGUUUUAGAACACCUACUCAUUGAAGGGUUUUCUUUAUUUUUACUAUUUUUUACAUUGUAGAAUAAUAGUGAAGACAUCAAAACUAUGAAAUAACACAUAUGGAAUCAUGUAGUAACCAAAAAAGUGUUAAACAAAUCAAAAUAUAUUUUAUAUUUGAGAUUCUUCAGAUAGCCACCCUUUGCCUUGAUGACAGCUUUGCACACGCUUGGCAUUUUCUCCAACCAGCUUCACCUGGAAUGCUUUUCCAACAGUCUUGAAGGAGUUCCCACAUAUGCUGAGCACUUGUUGGCUGCAUUUCCUUCACUCUGCGGUCCGACUCAUCCCAAACCAUCUCAAUUGGGUUGAGGUCGGGAGAUUGUAGAGGCCAGGUCAUCUGAUGCAGCACUCCAUCACUCUCAUUCUUGGUCAAAUAGCCCUUACACAGCCUGGAGGUGUGUUUUGGGUCAUUGUCCUGUUGAAAAACAAAUGAUAGUCCCACUAAGCCCAAACCAGAUGGGAUGGCGCAUCGCUGCAGAAUGCUGUGGUAGCCAUGCUGGUUAAGUGUGCCUUGAAUUCUAAAUAAAUCACAGACAGUGUCACCAGCAAAGCACCCCGACACCAUAACACCUCCUCCUCCAUGCUUUACGGUGGGAAAACACAUGCAGAGAUCAUCCGUUCAAGCACACCGCAUCUCACAAAGACACGGUGGUUGGAACCAAAAGUCUCCAAUUUGGACUCCAUAUCAAAGGACAGAUUUCCACCGGUCUAAUGUCCAUUGCUCGUUUUUCUUGGCCCAAGCAAGUCUCUUCUUCUUAUUGGUGUCCUUUAGUAGUGGUUUCUUUGCAGCAGUUUGACCAUGAAGGCCUGAUUCACACAGUCUCCUCUGAACAGUUGAUGUUGAGGUGUGUCUGUUACUUGAACUCUGUGAAGCAUUUAUUUUGGCUGCAAUUUCUGAGGCUGGUAACUCUAAUUAACUUAUCCUCUGCAGCAGAGAUAACUCUGGGUCUUCCUUUCCUGUGGCGGUCCUCAUGAGAGCCAAUUUCAUCAUAGCGCUUGAUGGUUUUUGCGACUGCAUUUUAAAAAACUUUCAAAGUUCUUGAAAUUUUCCGUAUUGACUGAUCUUCAUGUCUUAAAGUAAUGAUGGACUGCAGUUUCUCUUUGCUUAUUUGAGCUGUUCUUGCCAUAAUAUGGACUUGGUCUUUUACCAAAUAUCGCUAUCUUCUGUAUACCCCCCCUACCUUGUCACAACACAACUGAUUGGCUCAAACGCAUUAAGAAGGAAAGAAAUUCCACAAAUUAACUUUUAAGAAGGCACACCUGUUAAUUGAAAUGCAUUCCAGGUGACUACCUCGUGAAGCUGGUUGAGAGAAUGCCAAGAGUGUGCAAAGCUGUCAUCAAGGCAAAGGGUGGCUAUUUGAAGAAUCUCAAAUGAAAUAUAUUACUACAUACAUUUACAUUUACAUUUUAGUCAUUUAGCAGACGCUCUUAUCCAGAGCGACUUACAGUUAGUGAGUGCAUACAUUAUUUUUUUUAUUUUUCAUACUGGCCCCCGUGAGAAUCGAACCCACAACCCUGGCGUUGCAAACACCAUGCUCUACCAACUGAGCUACAUCCCUGCCGGCCAAGCCCUCCCCUACCCUGGACGACGCUGGGCUAAUUGUGCGCCGCCUACAUGAUUCCAUAUGUGUUAUUUCAUAGUUUUGAUGUCUUCUCUAUUAUUCUACAAUGUAGAAAAUAGUAAAAAUAAAGAAAAAUCCUUGAUUGAGUAGGUGUUCUAAAGCUUUUGACCGGUAGUGUAUGUUGAAGAGGGUGGGGCUCAAGCUGCAUCCCUGUCUCACCCCACUGCCCUGUGGAAAGAAAUGUGCCUUAAUUGUCAAAUUUUAAAUGCACACUUGUUGUUCGUGUACAUUGAUUUUAUAAUGUCAUAUGUUUUUCCCCCAACACCACUUUCCAUCAAUGUGUAUAUAGCAGACCUUCAUGCCAAAUAGAGUCAAAAGCUUUUUUGAAAUGAACAAAACAUGAGAAGACUUUGUUGCUCUCACUCACUCACUCAAACAAACAAAACAAUCACUCAUUCUCUCACACAUGCACACGUAUUCUCACGCGUACACACAUCGUUACCUGUUAUUUCAAGGUUGCUCCGGGUACAGAGUGUUGAUCUGUGUGUUUGUGUGUAGACCCUCCCUGACAGUGCAGUGUCCAGCUACGCAGCGUCUCUGAAGGAGAAAGGCUCCCUGGUCCCAGCGCUCUACAAGGUCAUCAGAGAGAACUACAGUGACGUACGUACUGCACACAUACAACGGAAACACGCACAGUGAUGCAAUCCUUUUCCACUAGCAUUGCUAUAUUCUGCAAAAAUGCUAGCCAGGAGCUUCUGAUCUUUGCUAGAUAACCAGCUAACUUUAAAAUGGUUUAGAUGAAACAACAACAACAACAACAUCCUAGGUAUGUUGAAACUAAAACUUCAAAAAGUGAACUAUCCUUCAAACUUUCUCCUUCUUCUUUCUGUCGUCUAGCUGUUGGAGCCGGUGUGUCACCAGUUGUUUGAGUUCUACCGUAGCGGGGAGCAGCGGCUGCAGCGGUUUGUGCUCCAGUUCCUCCCUGAGCUGCUCUGGUCCCUCCUCCUGGCUCCGUCUGCAGCCAGGGACCCACACACCUCAGGCUGUGUAGAGGCCCUGCUACUGGGGAUUUACAACCUGGUGAGAGACACACACACACACACACACACACUCUCUCGCGAUCUCUCCCUCACAAUUCAAUUUCAAUUUACGGGCUUUAUUGGCAUGGGAAACGUAUGUUAACAUUGCCAAAACAGGUGAAGUAGAUAGUAAACAAAAGUGAAAUAAACAAUAAAUAUUAACAGUAAACAUUACACUCAGAAGUUCCAAAAGAAUAAAGACAUUUCAAAUGUCGUAUUAUGUGUAUAUAUACAGUGUUGUAACAAUGUGCAAGUAAUUAAAGUACAAAUGGGAAAAUAAAUAUGGGUUGUAUUUACAAUGGUGUUUGUUCUUCACUGGUUGACCUUUCCUUGUGGCAACACGUCACAAAUCUUGCGGCUGUGAUGGCACACUGUGGUUUUUCACCCAGUAGAUAAGGGAGUUUAUCAAAAUUGGGUUUGUUUUUGAAUUCUUUGUGGAUCUCUGUAAUCUGAGGGAAGUAUGUGUCUCUAAUAUGGUCAUACAUUUGGCAGGAGGUUAGGAAGUGCAGCUCAGUUUCCACCUCAUUUUGUGGGCAGUGUGCAUUUAGCCUGUCUUCUCUUGAGAGCCAGGUCUGCCUACGGCGGGCUUUCUCAAUAGCAAGGCUAUGCUCACUGAGUCUGUACAUAGUCAAAGCUUUCCUUAAGUUUUGGUCAGUCACAGUGGUCAGGUAUUCUGCCACUGUGUACUCUCUGUUUAGGGCCAAAUAGCAUUCUAGUUUGCUCAGUUUUUUUGUUAAUUCUUUCCAAUGUGUCAAGUAAUUCUAUUUUUUUUUCUCAUGAUUUGGUUGGGUUUAAAUGUGUUGUUGUCCUGGAGCUCUAUCUUUCUCUCUCUCGUUGUCUCUCUCUCUCCUCUCCUUUUUUUGUCUCUCCUUUUCUUCCCCUUUCGUUUUUUUUCUUUUUUCUCUCUCUCCGGUUUUUUGUUUUCUCUCUUUUUUUUUUCCCCUCUCCCUUUUUCCUCUCUCUAUUUCGUUUGUCUCUCUCUCUUUUUUCCGUUUUUUGUCUCUCCUCUCGUUGGUCCUCUUUUUUCUCUUUCUUUUUCUCUCUCGUUUUUUCUCUCUCUUUCUUUUCGUUGUCUUCCUCUUCUCUCUCGUUUUUUUCUUUUUUCUCUCUCUUCCCUUGUUUUUUCUCUCUCUCUCGUUUUUUCCCUCUCUCUCUCUCGUUGGGUUUCUCUCUCUUGUUCUCUCUCCUCGUUUUUUCUCUCUCUCUCUCCGUGUUUUUUCUCUCUUUCGGGGUUUUUUUUCUCUUCUCUUUUUUAUCUCUCUCUCCUUUUUCUCUCUCUUUUCGUGCGCUCUCUCUCUCUCUCCUUUUCUCUUCCUUUUGUCGCCUUUUAUUUCGGUUCUCGCUCUCUCGGGUUUUUUCUGUCUCUUUUUCGCUUUUUUAAAGAUCUUCUCGGCUUUUUCAUCUCUCCGCUUUUUUUUUUCUUUAUUCUGGCAGGGGGGCUCUCUCCCCUGUUCUCUCUUCCCUUGUCUCUCUCUCCCUUUCUUCUUCUUCUCUUUGGUUUUUCUCUCUCUCGUGUCUCGCUCUCUCUCCUGCUCCUUUUCCGCUUGCUUUCUCUCCCGUUGUUUCUCUCGCUUUUCUCCCCUCUCUCUCCUUUUUUCUCUCCUUUUUUCGUGUUUCUCUUUGCGUUCCUCUCUUCGCUGUGGCUCUCCUCUUUUCUCUCCUGUUGCUCUCUCCCCCUGUCCCGGGGUCUCCCCUCCUGUCUUCUCCUUUCGCUUUUCUGUUUUCCUUUUUCCCCCUUUUUCUUUUCUCUCUCUCCCCUUUUUCUCCGUUUGUUUUUCCUCUCUCUUUUCUCUCACCCUUUUCUCCUUCCGUCCUUUCCCCUCCUUCUCUCUCCCCUCUCCCCCUGUCUUGUUUUUUUGGCAUUUUUCCCCUCUCGUUUUCUCUCUCUUGCUUUUUCUCUCUUUUCUCGUGUCUCUUUUUCCUUUUUCUCUCGCUGGGCUCUCUCCUUCGUUGUUUUUUCCUUUUCCCCUUAUUUCUUCUCUUUCGCUUUUUCUUCGUGUCUCUUUUGCUGUUUCCCUCUCUCUUUUUUUCUAUUUUGCUGUUUCUCUCCCCUUGCUGUUUCUCUCUUUUCGCUGUUUUUCGGCUCUCCCCUCGGUUUGGGUUUUUUAUCUCGGUUUUUCUCCUUUUUCUUGUGUUUUCGCCUUGGGCGUUGUCUCCUCCCCUCGUUUUCUUUUCGUUGUCUUUAAGUUUUCUUAUCAGCGUUCUUUUUCUCUCUCUAUCUCUCUCGCUUUCUCUAUCUUUUCGGUUUUCUUUUUUCCCUUUAUUGUUCUCUCUUUCCUCUCCUCUCUUGGGUCUCCUCUCUUCUGUCUCUCUCCCUUGCUUUCCCCUCUCUUUUUCGCUGUCUCUCUCUCUUUGCGGCUCCCCUCUUCUUUGUGUUCUUCCCCUCUCUCUCCCUUUUUCUUUACUCCUUUUCUCGGGCUCUCUCCCCCUCCCUUUUUCAUCCCUCUUCCGCUUGUGCUGUCUCUCUCGCUUCUCUUUUUUCGCUUCUCCGCCUUUCUUUUCUCCUUGCGUUCCCCUCUCUCUCGCUUCUCUCUUUUUGUUUUCUUCUCUCCCCUCUUUUUCUUCUCUUUUCCUCGUUCUCCUCUCUUCGUUUUCUCUCUCUCUACUUUUCUCUCCUCUCGUCGUUUUCCCCGUUCUCUUUUUUUCUUCUCUCGCUGGUCCCCCCCUUUUCUCCGGGCUCUCUCUCUCGGUUUUUUCUCUCUCUCUCGUGUCUCUCUCUACGGGGGCUCUCUCCUCCGCUUUUCUCUGUUUUCUUGUUUUCUCGGUUGUCUCGUCCUCUCGUUUUUCUCUUUCUUCUUUCUCGGUUUUCUUCGUUUUUCUCUCUCUCUCUUUCUCUCUCCUUUUCGUUUUUUCUCUCCUGUGUCUUUUCCCUCCUUUCGUUUCUCUCUCUCUCUCCCUUUCUUGUCUUACUCUCCUCUCUUGUUUUUUCCCCUCUCUCUUCUUUUUCUUUUUGUCUUCUCUUUCUUUUUUCUUUUUUUCUCUUUUGGUUUUUUCUCGUUUGGGCUCUUUUUCUUCUUUUUCUCCAAACUUUUUUUUUUCUCUCUCUUUGUUGUCUCUCAAAAUUUAAAGGCCCCCUUUUAUUUUUUCCCAAUUUUAAAACAUUUUUCAUAAAUUUUCAAAGCCCCCCCCCAAUUUUUUUUGUUUUUUUUUACCAACCCCCCCCCCCCCCCCUUUUUUAAAAACCUUUUAUAAAAACAAACCAAAAAAAAAAAAAAUUUAAAAAAAAAAUUAUAAGAUGGGAGUAAAUAAAAAUUUAAAAAUUUAAAUUUCAAAAAAAAAUAACAAAAAAAUUUGGGAAAAAGGCAAUAGUAGAAAGUAAUAAAAAUUUAAAAAAAUUAAAAAGGAAAAAAAACUAUAAUAAACUUUUUAAUAAAUAAGGUAAACUUCACCAUUUCAUUUGUUUUUAAACUACUCAUCUUACUACCAUCCCACAAACCCCCACAUUUUUAAAAUGCCCCUCAUUAAAUUACCACCCAUACCCAAAAUACUAUUUGGGUGAAAAACAACAAAAUAAUUUUAAUAACAAUAAAGCCCAAAAACAAAAUAAUAAAACGGGUUUUAAAAUUUUCAUGCAGUGUUAUUAUUCAGUGUCCCUCAGGUAUGGAAGGGAAAUCAUAUUUGGCUGAAGAGGAGCCAUUGGCCCCCAUUUUCUCUCUCACUCGUGUCUCUGCUCCUCUCGCUCUGUCCUUUCUCGCUCGGCCCUUCCCCGGUUUUUUCUCUCUCUCUCGGCUCUUCCCCCUUUUCUCGCUCGCUCGGUCUCUCUCUCGCUCGGUCUCUCUCUCGCCAUCUCUCGCUGUCGCGCUCUCUCUCGCUCUCUCUCGCUCUCUCUCGGUCUCGUUCCCUCGGUCUCUGUAUCUCUCUCUCUCUCUUUCUCUAGCGGUCUCGCUCUCUCUCACGCGGUCUUGCUCCCUCUCUCGCGGUCUCUCUCUCAGAAUAGCAGAAUAGGUCAGCUGUCAGUCAUCAUCCUGUCUCAGCGAUUACUCAUCCUGACAUUAACACACACACACCACUCAGACAUUGCAGAGCUUCAUGGCACGCUCUUAAAACUGCUUUUAUUUCCUUCAACCUGACAUUCCUUCUGUCUCCCCCGCCUCUCUCUCUGUAGGAGAUCGUAGAUAAGGAUGGACAGAGUAAAGUCCUCUCCUUCACUGUCCCCUCCCUCUCUAAACCCUCAGUCUACCACGAGGUAAGUCCAAGUCAGUCUUUCUCUAUGAACAAUAGUGUAUGGAUAGAGAUGGCUAACUGUUAAAUCUUCCCCCGUAGAAAGUGUUUCUAAUCCAUGACUCAAAAAUCCAGAGUACUGAAACUUUCUAUGGGUCAAGUUAUUAAUAUGAAUAAACCCCUCCACCAGCCCUCCACCAUUGGCUCCCUGGCGUUGACGGAAGGGGCUUUAGCCAAUCACGGGCUGAGUAGAGUGGUGUACAGCGGGCCUCACCUACAGAGAGAAACCUUCACUGCUCAGAACAGGUCAGACACCGCGAGCUGUGGUUGAAUUGGAGCAGGACUGCAGUGUGAUACAUUUAUUUUAUGACUAAUUGACUGUUGUGCAGCAGUUCUUGGUUUGUGUUAAUGUUGCAUUUUGUGUUUGUGGUUUUACUAUCCUUGUGGGGACCAGAAGUCCUCUCAAGGAUAGUAAAACAAGGAGAAUUUGGACUAGUGGAGACAUUUUGCCGUUCCCCACAAGGAAAAAUGAUAUUUUAGGCUUUUAGGUUUAGGGUUAGAAUUAAAGUUAGGGUGAGGAGUUACGGGUUAAGGGGUUAGUGGUUAGGAAAAAUAGUAUUUUUAAUGGGAAUACAUUUGUUGGUCCCCACAAGGAUAGUAACAUAAAUGUGUGUGUGUAGGUUCGAGGUGCUGACCUUCCUGCUGCUGAGUUACAAUGCAGCUCUCAGCUACAUGGCCUCCUCCUCUCUGCAGUCCCUCUGCCAGCUCAGCUCCAGGUAACACACACACGGUCACAAACACAGAUAAUACUUUAAUAUGAUGACCCAGAGGGCAUACUGUCAUGACCCUGCACUGUUCUGCCAUCAGGGAAAGUCAGUUCCCAACACACACACACACACACAUUCACACUCCCCUGCCAGCAUCCACUCAUCUGAUCCUCUUAAAGCAGGGGUGUCAAACUCAUUUUAGCUCAGGGGCCACAUGGAGGAAAAUCUAUUCCCAAGUGGGCCGGACCGGAAAAAUCAUGGUAUAUAUAACUUAAAAACAACAACUUCAGAUUGUUUUCUUUGUUUUAAUACGAUCAACAUAAAACAUAAAGCUGGAGCCUGAGGACAGUGUGUCCAAAAUAGUACAAGCACAACAUCACUAUUAAUCAUAAAACACGUCAAGUUUAUUUGAAAAUUCUAAAGAAAAAGAACACACAAACACACAAUGCCUCAGUGAUUAACAGAACUGUUUCACAGAUCACAGAGCUAUAUCAGGGUGUCAUUUCUCAGGCAGAAAUGUAGAUAAAAAUAAUGAAAUCCUGUUCCCCAAACAAGUGCAAGAACCACAGAGUCAAGAAUAGGUUAAAUAUGCAAAUCAAAUCAAAUCAAUUAAAUACAAUAGCACAUCAACAUAAAAACAUAUAAACAUAAAUCUGAAAGCGUUGCUCAAACUCCCGUAACAGUCCCGUUAUUUUAUCUUUGAACCGCUUCAUGUCUGCCACAUGUUGGGUCGCGCACACAUUUUUCAGACAGGGGAAGUGAGCUGCAUCACCACCGGCAAGUUGCGUCUCCCACAAUGACAGCUUCAACUUGAAAGAACGUAUGCUGUCAUAAUACUGUGUGACAACUUUGUUGCGCCCUUGCAGCUGUUUGUUCAAGUUAUUCAGGUGCUCUGUAACAUCCACCAUAAAUGCAAGGUCCGGCAUCCAUUCUGCGGAAUGAAAUUCUAACACUGGUUUGCCCUUUUCUUCCAUGAACUGUUCAAUUUCUUCUCGUAAAUCAAAGAAACGCCUCAGCACAGCACCUCGGCUUAACCAUUUUACCUCAGUGUGGUAUGGCAGGCCAUAGAUGUGGUCUUUCUCUCUGAGAAGGCUGUCAAACUGACGGUGAUUCAGGCUUCUGGAUCGGAUGAAAUUAACAGUUUGGAUGACCACCUUCAUGACGUUAUCCAUCUUUAAUGACUUGUAACACAAAGCCUCCUGGUGCAAAAUACAGUGAAAAGUCAAAGAAUCACGUCCUCCAUUUGCAGAUUGCACAUUCUCUCUGAACUUUGUCACAACGCCUGCUUUUUUCCCGAUCAUUGAGGGCGCACCAUCUGUAGCCAGGCUGACAGUGCGGGACCAGUCCACUCCGACCCUGUCCAGCGCGCCGACGAGUGCAGUAAAAAUAUCAGCUGCUGUCGUUGUAUCUGUCAUCGGCACCAACUCCACAAACUCCUCGGUGACGGUCAAUGUGUCAUCAACUCCGCGGAUGAAAAUGGCCAGUUGUGCAACAUCUGUAAUGUCCGUGCUUUCAUCAAUUGCAACCGAAAACGCAAUAAAUGACUUUACUUUUUGCUUCAACUGGCUGUCCAAAUCCACUGAAAGAUCGGAAAUCCUGUCUGCAACUGUGUUUCUUGUCAGGCUGAUAUUUGCAAAAGCCUGCCGCUUUUCAGGGCACACAAUCUCCGCUGCCUUCAUCAUGCAUGUUUUUACAAAUUCACCCUCACUAAAUGGUUUUGAAGCCACUGCGAUUUCAUUAGCAAUGAGGUAGCUAGCUUUCACUGCAGCGUCACUGAUGUCUCGGCUGUGAGUAAACACAGACUGCUGUUUCUUCAGACCCGCCAACAGUUCAUUCACCUUCUCUCAUCUCCGCUGUCCUUGAAAGUUGUCAUAUUUGUCGGCAUGAAGACUCACAUAGUGGCGACGAAGGUUAUAUUCUUUCAGCACUGCAACAUGCUCUGAACACACCAAACAUACAGCUUUCUCAUUCAAUUCCGUGAUUAAAUAGGAUGACCAUUUUUCUUGGAACACUCUGCGUCCACUUUUCUCUUUUUUGACAGAGACAUAUUGGGGCAAUGAGGGUGCCAAAGCACAUAAUGUUAAAAGUAGAAGCCGUAAUAAAUAUCGCGGGCAAAACAAAGUAGCUCAUUGGCUGCACGUGCUUGACCUACUUGCUCUGCCCCGGUAUAAACAGUUUGCUUGCUUAACACAAUUGCUAUUGCGCCAUCCAGUGGACGCAAUUGGAACAGCAGUUUAUUUUAUUGAAAAAUUGCAGCGCAUUUGUAUACUUUCAAAAAAAAAUGUACUACCACUUUCCAGAGGGGCUAGGACGCGCGCACACACACACACACACGAAAACACACGAAAACAAACACACACACAUAUAGAUCUCUCUCUGAGGAGUAGUUCAUCUGCUGGCAGUGGUUGAGCAUCAGUGUGAUGAACACUGAGUUAAAGAGACACAGAGAGGUGAUCAGCUCACUGCAGUUCUACUGGAUAGAAAGUUGCAGGCAGGUACCACUGUGGCCUUUAGGAACAGGGCUGCUUGAGGUAAUAGACUUAGACACAAGUAAUAGACUUCUUUGUCUUGUCCCAAAAAGAAAGUUUACUUGCAAAACCUGCCAAAACAUAGCAGUAUACCUAGACUGGUAUGGAUUUUUCAAAUCCUAGUGCUCUUUUAUUUAAAGAUACGCUGGCUGACACAUUUCUCAAAGCUUGCCCUUUGUGUUCUGGUUGGUUGACUGUGUUCUUUAAACUGUGAUUGGUUGACUGAUGGUAUUCUCUGUCCUGUGAUUGGUUAACAGGGUGUGUAUCUGUGGUUUCCCACGGCAACAGCUGAGGAGGUAUAAAGGCAUCAGUUCUCGUCUGACCGUCACCUCUGAGUUCCUGGUUCAACUCGUCACAGGGAUACACUACGCACUGUGAGAACACACACACACACCAGAGGAGGCUGGUGGGAGGAGCUAUAGGAGGACAGGCUCAUUGUAAUGGCUGGAAUGGAAUUAAUGGAACGGUAUCAAACAUAUGGAAACCACAUGUUUGACUCUGUUCCAUUUAUUCAGCCAUUACAAUGAGCCCGUCCUCCUAUAGCUACUCCCACCAGCCUCCUUUGAUACACACUAGCCCUGACCUCUGACCCCUGAUUUUAACCUUUACCCGGACCCUGUGAACGAGAGGGUUGAUGUGUGUGUGUGUGUGUGUUCCAGGUGUAAUGGGGAGAUGGACCUGGGUUCCAAGGCGCUGGAUGAUGUUCUGUACCGAGCUCAGUUAGAACUGUUCCCUGAAGCUCUACUGGUGGGUGACAUCACACACACACACACACACACACACACACACACAGGUGUGUGCCAGGACACUGACCUCUCCCAUGUUGUGUGUGUGUGUGUGUGUGUGUGUGUGUGUGUGUGUGUGUGUGUGUGUGUGUGUGUGUGUGUGUGUGUGUGUGUGUGUGUGUGUGUGUGUGUGUGUGUGUGUGUGUGUGUGUGUGUGUGUGUAAACCCAGUAGUUUAUUCAGUGUUGAGACUUUGAGAUGUUAAUCUGUAAUCCUGAAGGCUGCUGCUGUAUCAAACAGCUUUACAGCAGGCAGUGGUUGUUCAACGGUACCGUUGUCAAUGCCUAACAUUGUGUGUUUAGGUGGGUAAUGCCAUCAAGUCGUCCCAACAGUGUGCAGCGCUAAAGUCUGGCGGUGGUAAAGAAGGAGCUUGCAUCAUUCAGGUGGAGGUGACUCCAACUUCCUCUAGGUAUGUUCUGUAUAAACUCUAUCUACACAGUAUACAUGUUUCAUCUAUAGGUGUAGUUUCAUAGAUUUAUCUUCUUUUGUGUGUGGACAUUUUUUAUUUAUUGGAUUUUCACAUUGCAUUCAAUAACAGUAUCAUGUGCCAAGUUAGAUCAAUAUUGUUUUUUGAUGGAUGAUGAUCUAAAAUUACAAAUGUUUCCUGUUUACCUGUUUCGAACUACUAAUAAUUGUCCCUCUGAAUGUGAAUUCCGUCCUGUAGGAUCUCACGGAAUGCAGUCACAUCACUCUCUAUCAGAGGACACCGAUGGAAACGACAUGGUAAGAUACACACACACACACACACACACACACACACACACACACACUCACACAGAUACUCUAUCCUAGAGUUAGUAGGGUAUCUGGCCUAUUGUCUGUAGCUACUCUAGUGAUUAUAGACAUUUGUCUGUCUCUGUAGUGGUCUGUCUGUAGGACAAUGUCCUAAUGAGAGGUGAUCAGUUCCAGACCCUUCCCAUCCACACAGCUCUACUGACUACUAAUGAGAGGUUAUCAGUUCCAGACCCUUCCCAUCCACACAGCUCUACUGACUACUAAUGAGAGGUUAUCAGUUCCAGACCCUUCCCAUCCACACAGCUCUACUGACUACUAAUGAGAGGUGAUCAGUUCCAGACCCUUCCCAUCCACACAGCUCUACUGACUACUAAUGAGAGGUUAUCAGUUCCAGACCCUUCCCAACCACACAGCUCUACUGACUACUAAUUAGAGGUUAUCAGUUCCAGACCCUUCCCAUCCACACAGCUCUACUGACUACUAAUGAGAGGUUCAGUUCCAGACCCUUCCCAUCCACACACCUCUACUGACUACUAAUGAGAGGUUAUCAGUUCCAGACCCUUCCCAUCCACACAGCUCUACUGACUACUACUGAGAGGUUAUCAGUUCCAUACCCUUCCCAUCCACACAGCUCUACUGACUACUACUGAGAGGUUAUCAGUUACAUACCCUUUCCAUCCACACAGCUCUACUGACUACUAAUGAGAGGUUAUCAGUUCCAUACCCUUCCCAUCCACACAGCUCUACUGACUACUACUGAGAGGUUAUCAGUUCCAUACCCUUCCCAUCCACACAGCUCUACUGACUACUACUGAGAGGUUAUCAGUUACAUACCCUUUCCAUCCACACAGCUCUACUGACUACUAAUGAGAGGUUAUCAGUUCCAGACCCUUCCCAUCCACACAGCUCUACUGACUACUAAUGAGAGGUUAUCAGUUCCAGACCCUUCCCAUCCACACAGCUCUACUGACUACUACUGAGAGGUUAUCAGUUCCAUACCCUUCCCAUCCACACAGCUCUACUCACUACUAAUGAGAGGUUAUCAGUUCCAGGAGGAACUGGAGUUCAGCAUGCCAUGGGUUCUCCACAUCAAGACAUGUACUAAUCUAUGUAUUAUUCACUACAUCACUGCUCAUCUGUCUCCAUAUUGUUCUCUAUACAUUAUCACUGUCUAUACAUAUUACUGAUACAUGAUCACUGUCUAUAUGUAUCACUGAUACAUUAUCACUGUCUAUACAUAUUAAUGAUACAUUAUCACUGUCUAUACAUAUCACUGAUGCAUUAUCACUGUCUAUACAUAUUACUGAUGCAUUAUCACUGUCUAUACAUAUCACUGAUGCAUUAUCACUGUCUAUACAUAUUACUGAUGCAUUAUUUUACAUUUACAUUUUUAGUCAUUUAGCAGUUAGUGAGUGCAUACAUUAUUUUUUAUAAUUUUUUAUUUUUCAUACUGGCCCCCCGUGGGAAUCGAACCCACAACCCUGGCGUUGCAAACGCCAUGCUCUUUCACUGUCUAUACUUUUACUGAUACAUUAUCACUGUCUAUACAUAUCACUGAUGCAUUCACUGUCUAUACAUAUUACUGAUGCAUUAUCACUGUCUAUACAUAUCACUGAUGCAUUAUCACUGUCUAUGCAUAUUACUGAUGCAUUAUCACUGUCUAUGCAUAUUACUGAUGCAUUAUCACUGUCUAUGCAUAUUACUGAUGCAUUAUCACUGUCUAUGCAUAUUACUGAUACAUAAUCACUGUCUAUACAUGAUCACUGUCUCUGUUUGUAUAGUUUACUGUAUGGAUCAUUAUACAUGCAUGUACAUUAUCACUGUCUGAAUGUGCAGUAUCACUAUAUUCUGUAUACUGUGUGAUCAUGAUUUUUUUGCCAUCACAUUUAUUUUACUGUCUGUUUGUGUGUCUGUCUCAUAUCUGUGUCUUCAUCUCCAUGACCCCAGAGUCCCAGGAGGUCAGUGUAGACAGUGACCCGGCGGCCCCUGGAGGUCAAGGGUCAUCCAUCCCAGAGAUCAGUGUGACGAUGCCCAAUGGAGACUCUCUACGACCCCGUGACCCCCGACCUUUAACCCAGCCCGAGCCGGAGCCGCUGGGGUCAGCCUCAGAGGUCAGCCCCACCCACGACCUCAGUCUUAGGGGUCAAGAGGUCAGGAGGCAGAAGUCUGUGAGGCGAUUGGUGGACGAGGGUUCUGGGCCCGCCUCUGCAGGGAGGGCCCAGUACUAAGACCCUCCCCAUCCCCGGGGUAACCUAGGUAACAGUGUGUGGAGGCGUGGUCUUAUCUAAGCAUGAUGGCUGAUUGGUUUGCUGACUAACUUUUGCCGCGCUGCGUUGCCUCUCUCCUGAUAUGUCCUCCGAUUUUCCUCCGAUUUGCUCAGUGUGAGAGGUCCCUUCUUCCUCCUCACUCUUUCCAUCUGUUCUCCAUCUGUUCUCCAUCUGUUCUCCAUCCGUUCUCCGUCUGUUCUCCGUCUGUUCUCCAUCUGUUCUCCAUCUGUUCUCCAUCUGUUCUCCAUCUGUUCUCCAUCUGUUCUCCAUCCGUUCUCCGUCUGUUCUCCGUCUGUUCUCCGUCUGUUCUCCAUCUGUUCUCCAUCCAUUCUCCAUCCGUUCUCCGUCUGUUCUCCAUCUGUUCUCCAUCUGUUCUCCAUCCGUUCUCCAUCCGUUCUCCGUCUGUUCUCCGUCUGUUCUCCGUCUGUUCUCCAUCUGUUCUCCGUCUGUUCUCCGUCUGUUCUCCAUCUGUUCUCCGUCUGUUCUCCAUCUGUUCUCCAUCCGUUCUCCAUCUGUUCUCCAUCUGUUCUCCGUCUGUUCUCCAUCUGUUCUCCAUCCAUUCUCCAUCCGUUCUCCAUCCGUUCUCCAUUCACUGUGAAGGAAGUUUGGUGUGUGUCGAAGUAUUUUGGUCUCUAAAACGCCUUGCUCCAACACAUCACUGGGUUGCCGGGGGAUACAGACUGCUCUCUUCUGAUUGGUUAACUGUAGCAGCUGAGGAGGAUAGGCAGCUCUGGAUUGGCCAUUAGGUCACUGUGCUCAUCAAAUCAGACAGUGGUUUUAUCUAGUCUGUCCAUACUUGGGAGUCUCUUCCCCAGAUGUUAUAACGUUUUUAUUUAGUAUUAAUUUCAGUAUUUAUCAGUUCAGUUUUAAUGAAGGACCUACCUAUCUGUCUGCUAGUAUAAGAUAGUAGAUGGUAGUGUGUGUGGGUGGGUGGGUGUGUGUGUGUGUGUGUGUGUGUGGUGGGUGUGUUUUGCUUUCUACUACUUCUGCUGCCCAGACCUCUGCCUGUUGCUGCCCUCAGAUAACUGGUGAUACCUGAUAAGUUAACUGAUCGCAGCACCACUAACUGCAAUCACCCAGUAGUACAGCUGAAUGGCAACCAGUGCUUGAAGUGGAAUGGAAAAAGGUGCCGGUACUACUCACUACCGGGGUCAGCACCAGCUCACUUCAACCACUGCUAGCUGGCUACCCCUCUCCUGUCCUGUGCUGUAGCCUGCUCUACCAUUCUACUCUCUGUCAUUUAAUGACAACUAACUCCUCUCUCCUUCUCUUUCUCGCUCUCUUUCACCCCCGUCUCUCUCCCUUCCUCCCUCUCUUGUUAGACGCAGUGGAUUUGGGUUCCCCGGACGAGUUGAUGGAGAUCUCGGAAGUGGAUGAAGGGGUGUGGCCUACAAGAGGGGCCAGCCCAGACUUGCUGACUCCGCCCACCAUCACUAUCAGCAACAGUAUCACCCUUGGAGUGGGAGGGACCAAGACAGGAAGCAGGAAGUGGCAUUUAGGCGGACGGUCGCAUAAGGAGAAGGAGGCUUGUCCUCCAGGGGGGCAGGCCCUGGUCGAGAACCUGGAUCUGUCAAUCAAACGUCUGACGCUGACGUCCAGCCAUUCGGUGCCCAAGGGGCCGGGCCAUAGCGCUCUGAGCAGCCUAUCGCGUACAGCCAGCGCCGUGUUCUCCCGCUCCUAUGAAGGAAACAACACUGGAGGUAACCGUAGUAACCCAGAGGCUGCCCGCUAUUCGUGCAGUGGCAGCCUACAGGAGGAGGAGCUAGGCUAUAUAAGCCCCUCCCCCAACCACAUCAAGCGCUCGCCAAGCAUCAGCGUGCACUUUAGGAGUGACCUGUGAACCCUGACAUUUAACCCUUGACUUCUCACCCCCCCAUCUAAACCCUCUAACCUCAUGCCCCUGUACCUUUGACCUGGACUAACAGCCUGCCAGUGGGACUGGAACACAAAGUCAUUAACACAUUCCCCCUCGUCCCCCUCCUCUCUUCACCAUCCCCACUUAUUUCCUCUCCACACCAUUCUUCAUCUCCCCCACCUCUUCUUCUCCAGUAGGACAGCUUCCCACCUCCAAAGGCCGGCUCCUCUCCUCCCACUCCUCUCUCCCCAAAGCGAGAGCCUGGGUCCAGGGAGCCUGGGAGCCUGGGUCCAUCACUCAACCCUGGAGUUACUAAACCACCCCCCCCCUGGUGGUAACCAUACAGAACUCGAGACUGGACAGAGUGACUCACUACAACUGUUUUUUGAAAGGGUUUGGAAAUGGAGUAUUUAAAAGACUCCUGUUUGUCCCUCCUGACCACGCCCCCCCCCCCCACCCCAGGUGGUAAUCCUGUGUUCCUACUCAUCAUGCACUAGGGUUUG